AUGGCCCCCGAAAAGGACUCCCCUGCCACCACAACCGGCCCCGCGCCGGGUCCCGACCCCGAUAUCGAAGCCUUCCAUCCCGCCACCGGAGCCGUCGCCGACGACGCUCACUACCGCACCGGCAACCGCACCGGCAACCGCACCGGCGACGACGACGCCCUCGCCAUGGUCGGGAUACACAGCCAACCCUACGACCCCGCCGUCGCCGCCCGUGCCGUCCGCAAAAUCGACUGGUUCCUCAUCCCCGCCAUGAUCUUUGGAUACGGCCUAGUCUACUACGACAAGGCAAUCCUCGGCUCAGCAGUCCUCUUCGGCAUGACAACAGACCUCCACCUCUCCGUGCCCCUCCCCCCGGGCCCAAACGGCGGCACCACCCCCGGCGUCGACACGUCCCGCCUCUCCUGGGCCACCUCCCUCUUCUACUUUGGCAUGCUCGCCGGCCUCUACCCCAUGACCUACGCCCUCCAACGCCUCCCCCAAGGCCGCACCCUCGGCACAAUCGUCAUCCUCUGGUCCGCCAUCUGCAUGCUCACCGCCGCCGUCACCUCCCACGGGGGUCUCUACGCCCAGCGCUUCGCCCUCGGCUUCGUCGAGAGCGUCAUCCCCACGGGCUUCAUGUGCAUCGUUUCGGGCCACUACACCCAGGCCGAGCAGUCCCUCCGCCAGAGCUGGUGGUUCAGCGCCACGGGACUCUUCACCAUCAUCGGCGGCGCCCUCAACUACGCCUUUGCCCAGGUCCGCGGCGGCGGCGCCGCCCUCCGCCCGUGGCAGUCCAUCUACCUCCUCGCCGGCUGCCUGACCUUCCUCUUUGGCGCCUUUUGCUUCCUCCUCCCCGACUCCCCCGUCUCGGCCUGGUUCCUCACCCGCGAGGAGCGCGUCGCCGCCGUGGAACGCCUCCGCGUCGGCCAGACGGGCGUCCGCUGCACGACCUUUAAACCCCGCCAGCUCCGCGAGGCCCUCCUCGACGUCAAAACCUGGCUCGUCGCGCUGAUGAUGGCCUCGGCCUACACAAUGAACGGCGCCGUCUCCGGCUUUGGGCCCCUCAUCGUCUCGACCUUUGGCUGGACCUCCCUCGAGUCCAUCCUCUUCCAGUUCCCCCUCGGCGGCCUCUGCUUCCUCGUCAUCCUCGCGACAGGUUAUCUCGGCACCCGCCUCCGCAACGUCCGCAUCAUCAUGCUCGUCGCCUGCUGCCUCCCCGUCAUCGCCGGCUGCGCCCUCGUCUGGCGCUCCGCCUGGAUGCACCACGCGCCCGCACCCGUGGUGGGCUACUCCAUCACGGGCUUCUUUGGCGGCGUCGUCAGCCUCAUCAUCACCCUCGGCAUGUCCAACGUUGCCGGCCACACCAAAAAGAGCUUCAUGGCCGGCACCAUCUUUGCGGCCUAUUGUGUUGGCAACAUUGUCGGUCCGCAACUCGUAAAGUCGCAGAGCAAAGCAGCGCAUUACCCGGAGCUAUGGCUCGGGCUCAUCAUCUGCUACGUGAUUUGCAUCGUCGCGUCAGGCGCGCUGUACUACGUGCUCUGGAGUGAGAACAAGCGCCGCGAUGCGCUGCCCAUUGAUGGGGAGGAGCGGGCUAAGCUUGCCUUUCAGGAUCUGACGGACAAGGAGAAUCCCUACUUCCGCUACGUGUACUAA